AUGGGUUGCUGUCCCACGGACUGCUUCAACUGCUGUGGCUGCCAACAAGAUCAGUCUGGGGAAUGCUGUGAGAUGUGCUGUUGCCAACCCAGCUGCUGCGGGUCCAGUUGCUGUGGCUCCAGCUGCUGUGGGUCCGGCUGUGGUGGCUCUGGCUGUGGUGGCUGUGGAGGAGGUUGCGGCGGCUGUGGCGGUGGCUGUGGAGGCUGCGGAGGAGGUUGUGGAGGCAGCUGCUGUGGCUGUGGGGGUUGUGGAUCCGGUUGCUGUGGCGGGUGCUGUGGGUGCUGCUGUGGGCCAGUUUGCUGCCAGCCAACACCUGUGUGUGACACCAAAUGA